UAGAGCGGCCAACAUUUAUAUUGAAGACUAGAGAAGGAGAAAAUAGAGCUGUUUCUCCAAGUCAACAUAUUUUCGGAUUUAACAAUCAAGUGGGAUAACUUCAUUAAGCGAUACGGGCGGAGAGGAAUGUAUCAGAGUUGAGAAAGUUAUUUUGCUAAAAACAACAUAGAUAAUUUUGUGAUACUAUUAGGACCAAUAAAGAAAAAGAUUAAUUUACAUUUGAUUUACAAUUAUUACGAAGAAUAUUGGCCUCGGUGGUCGAACGGUAAAGACAACCGCAUGGAAUAUGAAAUUCCGGGUUCAAAUCCUGACUGAGAAAAGAUGCCGAUAUGUCUUCAGCAGCACCAUCAAAAAUACAAGAAUCGAUUCGUAUGCUUUCCAUAUGUCCUGAAAUGAGUACAUGCAUCAAAUUCAUGGAUGAAAAUAUGCAACUAUGUGAAAAUUCAAUAGAUUUUUUGUAUGAUCAACAAGACUUUCUAGUCGUUGGAUGUUUAGGUGCACAAGGUGUCGGUAAAUCGACAAUCAUGUCACUGCUAACAUCGCAUUACUCAUCUAACAUUUUUCAAGUUCAAGAUUUGUCACAUUAUGAAAAUAGUACAAAUUGUACCACUGGAAUAGAUUUUUUUAUAACUAAAAAUAGAGUAAUAUAUUUGGAUACACAACCAAUUCUUUCUGGAUUUGUGAUUGAUUCUGCUGCAUCCUUUGAUCAGAAAAAAGGUGCAUCUGAUUUUAUGAAUAGUGAUUCUAAUUUGGAAUUACAAUCACUUCAGUUUGCAGCAUUCCUAUUUUCAGUGUGCCAUGUUAUUAUAUUUGUACAAGAUUGGUUUAUCGAUCCAAAUUUAGUAAGAUUUUUACAAACUGCAGAAAUGUUAAAACCAUCCUCAACAACAGUCAUAGAUCAAGAUUAUGUAGAAUAUUAUCCACAUGUUAUAUUUUUGCAUAAUAAAGCAGAAUUGCAAGAUUUUAUGCCAGCUACUAUUGAUGAAAUGAAGGAUUUUUAUAAUAAAGUAUUUUCUAGUUCUCGACUACAAACUCAUAGCGGUAUAGAUAUGAAUCAUUGUUCGACAGAAAGUGGUUUAAAUUUAUUUUUUAUACCUUCGAGAAAUAGACAAGAAGACAUGAUUUUUUGUGAAAAUGAAAAAUCUCUUAUAGAUAAAUUGCGAACAAAGAUAUACGGAGUUCCUAGGAAUUCAAUUACACCUUCUGUGUUAACAGAAAAAAAUUGGUAUCAUUACGUUUCAAAAGUCAUAGAAGUUAUAAAGAAAAGCCAUCUGUCUUCUGAAUAUGGAAGAUUAAUGCCUUAAAUCUAAAAGUUUAUAUGAAAGAAGGAUAUAAAAAGAAAU